AUGGCAGAAACAGAGAAGCAGACGUGGUUUGACGAGCUCCGGUUGGCAAUGGACCUGAUCGGGGAGCCUUUCACCGAGGCCGAGUUAAACCACAUGCUCGAGUUGGCCGAUAUCGACAAGGACGGCAGAAUCAACUAUGAAGACCCAGACUAUCAAUACCGGGCACUCACAUCGCCUUCUUCCUGCCCGUACCGAGUGCAAUACACGAAGAAGUUCACGAGGGAUGCCUUCUUAGUAAAAGAGGCCUUGGUGACCAUCCUGAGCAGGCCUACCAAGAGUAGGCUCAACCCUGCUCGCUAG